CAUCAGGAGGAGCAAACGUUGCCUUAGCAACGGGAAGUGGUAGCGGAGAGCAGGAUUUUCCUACACUCUUUUUGAAGUAUACUUGUUUUGAAGCAAAGCACUACUUAAAUUUCAGGUUUUUCAAAACCGUGGCCACCAUGGCUGCAAGCAACCCGACAGUGUUUCUUCUCACAGUGAACGGACAAAUCGAGGGAGCGAACGUGAGUAGAGCUUCCGAGUUUCCGGAGUAUGACAACUUGUACUGUAAAUACUGUUUCGUCUACGGACACGACUGGGCUCCCACUUCGGGAUUGGAAGAAGGUAUCACUCAAAUAACCUGUAAAGGCAGUCAAUCUUCAAAUAAAUUAAUCUGGAACUUUCCACUGGAGACGACAUUUAAGAGCACAAACCCCUCUGGAUGGCCUCAGCUUGUGGUGAGUGUAUACGGUCCAGAUGUGUUUGGCAACGAUGUGGUCAGGGGCUACGGAGCGACACACAUCCCCUUCACACCGGGACAACAUUCAAAAACCAUCCCCAUGUUUGUUCCCGAGCCCACGUGGAGGCUUCAGAAAUUCACAAGCUGGCUGUUGGGACGGCGGCCUGAGUACACAGACCCCAAAGCAGUGGCUCAGGGUGAAGGCAGAGAAGUGACGCGUGUUCGCUCCCAAGGCUUCGUCAACGUCUCCUUUCACAUCAUGACUAAAGACAUGAAAAAACUUGGCUACGACACAGGACCAUCGAGCCCUGCUAACACACAAUCGGUCACAUCCGGCUGGUCGACAGAGGAUCAAUAACACGAAGUCUAAUGACAAAAGACUGCUUUUAACACAACUUGCUUAUUUUUCUACUUUUUUAUUCCCCAUCAAGGACUCCUUUUUUUUUUUUUUUUCUUAGACCAAAACAAGAACACUACUCUAGUUUUAGAUUUAUUAAUGGCUUUUAAUGCAUGUGUUUGUAUGGAAAUGAAUGAAAGAAACUAAAAAGUGUCUUGUCACUAAGAUUAUUUCAAAAAUGAUUUCAAAAAAUGUUCUUCAACUUGUUUUACUUAAUGCAGCUUUUUGCUUUUUUUAAAAAAAUAAUAACUGUGGACUUAGCUGAAUAAACUGAGCAACAACAAAUACAAGAACACACACACACUGGAGUUACAGAGCUGAAGUGAUACACAUUUUAUUUUGAACCGAUGCAGCUACAGUCGUCCUCAUCCAACAGGGUGUGGCCUGCUGCGUUCAUUUGUUUAGAUGCCGUUAAAAUACCACGGUGACUUUUCCUACAAAAACCCAUUACACAGAAUAAUAAGGUAUACAGAGGAACAGUAUGUUACAAUAGUACAAAUGAUAAAUUAUAUUAUACAGUUAUAAUGCCAACAGGUUGAGCAUGUAUCCAAUAAAAAAAGCAGCCUGCUCCCAGUACUAUGAGAAGGGUAAAUAGACAGACGUGGAAAAGAUUAGAGGAGGCUGUUUAUGCAUAUAAAGACGGACAGUCCAUAAGGUCAGUUAGUCCUCGUGAUAAAAGCAUAG